AUGAAAAUUAAUUCUAUUUUUCUAUCAUUAACUGUCAUCAUUUUAUUUAUAAAUUGUGAUUUUUAUAAAAUUUCUGACCAAAAUAUAAACAAUUCUUCAUCAAUUAAUAAAACUUCAAGUGGAAUAAAUGAAAAUUCAACUUCAAGAGAUAACUAUUUAGUUCAAGAUGAAAGAAAACAAAAUGAUAUGAUUGUUACUCAAAAAGUUAAUUUAAUAUUAAAUAAAAUUGAAGCAGCAAUUUUAGAAAAAGAAGGAAAAAUAAUUAAACCUAUUAUAAAUAAUAAACCUGAAUUUGACAAUCAAUUUCCAGAAAGAAAUGUAUAUUAUCAAGGUGAUAUCAUUCUUACAGAAGAACAGGCAAAAGAGUUAAUUGAUUGUGCCAUAAAAGAAGCUGCAAGAAAAGGUGUUGAUGUUUCAAAAAUUGAUAUAAAUAUUGAUGACAAAAAACCAGAAAAAAAUUUGGAUAAAUUAAAAAAUUGA